AUGGCUCUGCAAACCUGCCCUGUCUGUCUGCAGGCAAAGGUGGCAGGGACAUGCCUGCUCACUGUCCGUAUCCUCCAGGCUAAUGGCUUGCCUUCCAAGGACCUAGUGACAGCUUCUGACUGCUAUGUGACUCUGGAUCUGCCCACGGCCUCCAGCCACACGCUCCAGACACGCACAGUCAAGAACAGCAGAAACCCUGUCUGGAAUCAGAACUUCCACUUCCGGAUCCACAGGCAGCUCAAGAAUGUUGUGGAACUGAAAGUUUUUGACCAGGACCGGUUAACCAAAGAUGACCCUAUGUUGUCAGUACUGUUUGACGUCGGGACUCUGCGAACUGGGGAAUCUCGGCGCCAGAGUUUCUCACUGAGCACUCAGGACGACGGGCGCCUGGAAAUUGAAUUUCGGCUGCAGACUCUGACAGGCUGUGAGGAACAGCUCAUCAGCAAUGGCAUCCUAGUGGCUCGGGAGCUCUCCUGUUUGCAUGUUCAGCUGAAGAAGACAGGAGACCCAAAGGGAUCAGAGAGCAGAGUUCAACUUGUGGUUUCUGGGGCCUGUGAGGGCCCACAGGAUGCUUCUGUGGGCACCGGUUCUUACCGCUUCCACUAUCCAGCCUGCUGGGAGCAAGACCUGAAUGUUCAUCUUCAGGAUGACCCCCAGGAGCAGCUGAAGGUACCACUACAUGCUCUACCCUCUUCACAGUUGGUGAGACUCAUCUUCCCCACGUCCCAGGAGCCUCUGAUGAGGCUGGAACUGAAGAAGGAAGAAGGACCAAAGGAGCUGGCUGUGCGGCUGGACUGUGGGCUCUGCCCUGAGGAGCAGGCCUUCCUGAGCAGGAGGAAGCAGGUGGUGGCCACUGCCCUGAAAAAGGCCCUGCAGCUGGACCAAGACCUGCCAGAUGACGAGAUCCCUGUGAUUGCUGUUAUGGCCACUGGUGGUGGGAUCCGGGCCAUGACUUCUUUAUAUGGUCAGCUGGCUGGCCUGAGGGAGCUUGGUCUCCUGGACUGCAUCUCCUACAUCACUGGGGCUUCAGGAUCCACCUGGGCAUUGGCCAACCUCUAUGAGGACCCAGAGUGGUCUCAGAAGGACCUGACAGGGCACACCGAGUUGCUGAAGACACAGGUGACAAAGAGCAAGCUGGGCGCAUUGGCCCCCAGCCAGCUGUGGAGGUACCGGCGGGAGCUGGCUGAGCGUGCCCGCCUGGGCUACCCGACCUGCUUCACCAACUUGUGGGCCCUCAUCAAUGAGACCUUGCUGCAUGAUAAGCCUCAUGAACACAAACUCUCGGAUCAACGGGAGGCCCUGAGUCGAGGCCAGAACCCCCUGCCUAUCUACUGUGCCCUCAACAGCAAGGAGCGAGGCCUGACCACCUUUGAAUUUGGGGAAUGGUGUGAGUUCUCCCCCUAUGAGGUCGGCUUUCCCAAGUAUGGGGCUUUCAUCCCCUCCGAGCUCUUCGGCUCUGAGUUCUUCAUGGGGCGGCUGGUAAAGCAGCUCCCCGAAUCCCGAAUCUGCUUCCUGGAAGGUAUCUGGAGCAACCUGUUUGCAGCCAGCCUCCAAGACAGCUUGUACUGGGCCUCUGAACCCAGCCAGUUCUGGGACCGCUGGGCUCAGGAUCAGGCCAGCCUGGACAAAGAGCAGGUCCCCCAUCUGAAGGCUGAAGAACCACCCACGACACGGGGCAGGAUUGCCGAGUUCUUCACUGACCUCCUGACAAAGCGGCCACUUGCCCAGGCCACCCACAAUUUCCUGCGUGGCCUCCAUUUCCACAAGGACUAUUUCGAUCACCCUCACUUUUCUACCUGGAAAGCCACCAAACUGGAUGGGUUCCCCAACCAGCUGACACCCACAGAGUCUCACCUCUGCCUCCUGGAUGUUGGUUACUUCAUCAACACCAGCUGCCCACCCCUUUUGCAGCCAACACGCGAUGUGGACCUCAUCUUGUCACUCGACUACAACCUCCAUGGAGCCUUUCAGCAGCUGCAGCUUGUGAGCCGGUUCUGCCAGGAGCAGGGCAUCCCUUUCCCACCCAUCUCACCCAGCCCUGAGGAGCAGCGCCAGCCUCAGGAAUGCCAUGUGUUCUGUGACCCGACCCAGCCCGAAGCCCCCACUGUGCUGCACUUCCCUCUGGUCAACGACUCCUUCCAGGACCACUCGGCCCCUGGGGUGCCACGGACACUGGAGGAGAAGGCAGCUGGGAAGGUGAACCUGUCUUCUUCCGACUCCCCAUACCACUACACCAAAGUGACCUACAGCCAGGAGGAUGUGGACAAGCUGCUGCGCCUGACACAUUACAACAUCUGCAACAACCAGGAACGGCUGCAGGAGGCCCUGCACCAGGCUGUGCAGCGGCGGAGACGGCGCAAGCAGCGCAGGCCUGAGUGACAGCCCUGUUACCCUGGCGGGGUUCCCACCUGGGGACCUUUGACCCUCCACUCCCUCCCUGCUGCUCUGAGUUGAAGACUAGCAUCACCAAGGCUCCAGAGCCUCUGGGGACUCUGAUGUCUAGGCACAACUCCACAAGAUAUGCGUCUGGAAUCUCCUGUGGUGACAUAAGCCCAUCGGCAGCCCUCACAGAGCCAGACUGUAAGCUGCCAGAAGAGCUGCCAGGGCCUAGCACCAGGCAUGACCUAGCUCACCCAUGGGCUGAACUUGGGGCUCAUCAGAGGUUAGAGAUGGGGUCGUGUUGGUUGUAUGACAGGACACUGUGACAUGUUAUAGGGGCUCUUAUAAACGGGAGGCGCU